AUGUAAUGCGACGCUCCCCCCCACCCCAAGCACCCACCCAAGCACCCACGGCGCCACCGCCAAAUCGCCAGCGCAGCCAUGCAGGACUGCCACACGGGGUUGUGCCUCUCGGUCUACGUCAUCACCUUCGUCACGGGCUUCCCGGCCAACGUGCUCGCCUUCUACACCUUCUGCGGCAAGGUGCGCAAGAAGGCCACGCCCAUCGACAUCCUCCUGCUCAACCUCACCGUCUCGGACCUGCUCUUCCUGCUCUUCCUGCCCUUCAAGAUGCAGGAGGUGAUGAACAACAUGCUGUGGGAGAUGCCCUACGCGCUCUGCCCGCUCUCGGGCUUCAUCUUCUACACCACCAUCUACAACAGCACCUUCUUCCUGACGGCCGUCAGCGUGGAGCGCUACCUGGGAGUGGCCUUCCCCAUCCAGCACACGCUGCGCCGCCGGCCCCUGUACGCCGUGCUGGCCAGCCUCUUCUUCUGGGUCUUCUCCAUCGCCCAGCUCAGCAUCGUCUUCAUCAUGCCCUUCAUUGGCAACGAGGGAACCUCGCCCGGCAACGGCACCCACGGCGGCAACCCCAAUGAUGCAGGCAGCGGCAGUGGCAGUGGCAGCGGCAGCUGGGCGGUGGAGAUGCUGCAGGAGGACCCCUCGAGCCGCUCGGGGGACCCCCGCAGGGAGUCGGUGUGCUACGAGAACUUCACGCCGGCCCAGUUGGCCGUCCUGCUGCCGGUGAGGCUGGAGCUGGGCCUGGUGCUCUUCUGCGUCCCGUUCCUCAUCUGCAGCUUCUGCUACAUCAACUUCAUCCACAUCCUGUCGCGGCUGAAGCACAUCGGCCGCCGCCGGAAGCUGCGCGCCAUCGGCAUGGCCCUGGGCACCCUGCUCGUGUUCGCCGUGUGCUUCGUGCCCUACAACGUGUCCCACCUGGUGGGCUUCGUCACGUGGCGGAGCCCCGACUGGCGCGACAAGGCGCUGCUCUUCAGCACCUUCAACGCCUGCCUGGACCCGCUCAUCUUCUACCUGUCGUCGGCGGCGCUGCGGAGCGUGGUGGGCGGCGUGGUGCAGGGCGCCCGGAGGAGGCUGGCCGGGUGCUGGGCGGGCUCCGCCAGCCUGCGUCCCUGGAGCCGAGUGAAGCCGCCCUCGCCGGAGAACGGCGAGAGACGGGAGGCGAUGAGCGCUAUCUGA